AUGGCCAAGAGAUCAAGAGAGAUAGUUUCCUCGAAGAAAAGGCCUUCGGAAGAAGAGCAUUCUGGCGCUGAGUCGAGCGAUGAUGAGCAAUUGUUGGCCGCUGAUGGUUUAAUUGACAUAGAGGCUGAUGAAAGUGAUGACGACGAGGAAAAUGAAGAGGAAGAGACAUUUUAUGAAACCGCAGAGGACGAGGAGAAUGAGGAAGAGGAUGAGGACUCCGAUGCAGAGUUUAACAGAAUCUUGGCAGAAGAGGAAGAUGGUGAUGACGAAGAGUAUAGCACUGCUGAUUCCGGAGAUGAUACAGCUUCUAUGACUGAUAAGCUUUCUGGUAUCCAACUCAAGACUAUCGCUGAUCCAAAUAUCUAUACAAAAUUUUCUGAUGGUAGGCCGAGAGUGAUCAAGCCGGAGAUCAAUCCAAAGUACGACAGUGAUGACAGUGAUGCUGAAGCUGUGAAUACAAUUGGUAACAUUCCUUUAUCUGCUUACGAUGAGAUGCCGCAUGUUGGUUACAAUAUCAACGGUAAGAGGAUUAUGAGGCCUGCCAAGGGUUCAGCGCUUGAUCAGUUACUUGACUCCAUCGAAUUGCCCGAAGGUUGGACAGGUCUUUUGGAUAAGGAUUCAGGUGCUGGAUUGAAUCUAACCGAGGAAGAAUUGGAUCUAAUCUCUAGAAUUCAGAAAAAUGAGCAAACAGACGACAACACCAACCCAUACGAACCACUAAUCGACUGGUUUACCAGACAUGAGGAAGUUAUGCCUUUGUCAGCCAUGCCAGAACCAAAGAGAAGAUUCGUUCCAUCAAAGAAUGAAGCAAAGAGGGUUAUGAAAAUUGUUAGAGCCAUCAGAGAAGGUAGAAUCAUCCCACCAAACAAAUUGAGAGAAUUGAAGGAAGCUGAAUCUGCUGCCGAUUAUAAGUAUGAUUUGUGGGGCGAUUCGAAUGAGAGCACCGACCAUGUUAUGACACUCAGAGCCCCAAAGCUACCUCCACCAACUAAUGACGAAAGUUACAACCCUCCAGCAGAGUACUUAAUGUCUCCAGAGGAGAAGGAAGCAUGGAACAAUGCUGAUCCAGAAGAUAGAGAAAAGAAUUUUGUUCCUCAGAAGUACUCGGCCUUGAGAAAGGUCCCUGGCUACACUGAAGCCGUUAGAGAGAGAUUUGAAAGAUCAUUGGACUUAUAUCUAGCUCCUCGUGUGCGUAAGAAUAAACUGAAUAUUGAUCCUGAAUCCUUAAUCCCUAAGUUGCCAUCUCCAAAAGAUUUGAGACCAUUUCCUAUUCGUUGUUCCACCGUGUACUCUGGACACGAGGGAAGAAUACGUUCCCUCUCAAUCGAUCCUUCAGGUCUAUGGUUAGCAACUGGUUCCGAUGAUGGUACGGUGAGAAUUUGGGAAAUUUUGACCGGUAGAGAAGUUUACAAAGUGACCUUAAUCGAUGUUAAGGAGAACCAAGACGAUCACAUCGAGUGUUUGGAGUGGAAUCCUGAUAAGGAUACCGGUAUACUGGCUGUUGCAGCUGGAGAAAAUAUCUACCUCAUUGUACCUCCAAUCUUUGGUUUUGAUAUCGAAAACCAUGGUAAGACUCUCAUUGAGAAUGGUUUUGGUUUCGACACCUUUGGUUCUCAAAAGAAAUCCAACUUACAAGUGGAUAGUGAAGACGAAGAUAGAGAGUCUAUAAAAGCGGUCAACAAGACUGUGGCACAAUGGAAUAAACCAUCUCAAGCUCAACAGGAGAAGGAUAUCUCUAUUGUUAUCACAUGUAAGAAGAGUGUGAAGAAAUUAUCAUGGCACAGAAAAGGUGACUAUUUUGUCACUGUUCAACCAGAUUCUGGUCAUACUUCCGUAUUGAUCCAUCAAUUGUCGAAGCAUUUGACUCAGUCACCUUUCAAGAAAUCGAAGGGUAUCACCAUGGAUGCCAAAUUCCACCCAUUCAGACCACAACUAUUCGUUUGUACACAAAGGUACAUCAGAAUCUAUGAUCUUUCGCAGCAAGUAUUGUUGAAGAAGCUAUUACCGGGUGCGCGCUGGCUAUCAGAGUUUGAUAUUCACCCCAGAGGUGACAACGUUAUAGCGUCUUCGUUCGACAAGAGAGUGCUAUGGCACGAUCUUGACCUAGCAAGUACGCCUUACAAGACUCUCAGGUACCACGACAAAGCCGUAAGAAGCGUGAAGUUUCACAAGAAACUUCCUCUAUUUUGCUCGGCCGCCGACGAUUGUAGCAUUCAUGUUUUCCAUGGCGCUGUCUAUGACGAUAUGAUGAAGAACCCACUGAUAGUUCCACUAAAAAAACUGACAGGUCACAAGGUAACCAACAACCUAGGUGUUUUGGCCACCGUGUGGCAUCCCAGGGAAGCGUGGUUGUUUUCUGCCGGUGCAGACAACACAGCUCGUCUUUGGACAACUUGA